AUGACCCCACAGAAUAAGCCUCAUAGCCCAUGCACUCGGGGAAGGGAAGAAACAGAAAUUCCCAAUCUGAGGCCCAAGGCCGAGAUCGCGUGUGAUGCAUGUCGCAGAGCACACGCCAAGGUCCGUACCCUCCGCACGGCGCGGAUUUGUCCCCUCAUCGUCCACAGUGCGAGAAAACUUCCAAGGCUUGUUGCUCUCGGUGUGACAAGGCCGGCCGGCCUUGCCUAUACUCUGCACAUGCGCGGAAACGCGGAGCUCAACCCACUCCUGCCUGCACCUCAGGGCCAUCCACAGACGCAGGCGUCGUACGUGGACCGCAAGAGCCGAGGAGAAUCGCGCCCCGCCCUAUCAUACCAAUUACCCUUCACCCCCUUGGCGAAAUGCAGCGAUCGGUCUACUCCGUCGCUGGGAAUUGACACUGAUUUCACCAAGACGCACCCACGUCCUCAAGAUGGUAGGCACCAUCAGCCAACCGCUGGCCACGCCUCGACUUCUUCGUACACUACUCGCCCUCCAUGGGAACACACGAAUCAUCUCGCCACUGGAAUCCCGCGCGCCACCAACGCCAGCGCGGGAGAUAGCGUCGCUAAUUAUGCUCACUCGGGUACCACGUUGAAUUCAGCUACAGCGGCCGUUCCUUUGUUUCCAGACCUCAACUGGACCAUUGACCCCCAGACAUUUGCCGUUCAUAACAAUGUACUGUCGGGACACCAGUAUGCGCCGUUCCCUCCGUGUAACGAAGACGGGCACGCUUGGUACUAG